GGAAUUCGGCUGACUUGUGGUGCGCUUGCGUAUCUUUACAUCUCUCUCGAUCAGUCAAAAAUUCAAGAAGUCGUCGACACUACGAAAAAAGUUUGAAACUUUAAGUUAGUUUAUAAAGUUAGUUCUGUGUUAUGAAACUCGUUUAAUGGGUGUUUGUUUAAUAAAUAACGUGAGGUGAACGUGUUUAUGACUUGAAAAUGAAGUGUAAUUUUGUUUUUAGUGUGUCUGUUUAUAGUUUUGUGUAGGUGGCCACCUAUGUAUAGUGGUUUGACCGAUGUGAAAGUGUUUUCGCAUAAAAUUCAGACCCCAUUGUUCUUUCCUGGUAAAUGUUGGGAAAAACACGUAUGCUGCUUGCGUAAGCCGAAGUUUAUUACAGAAAUGUGUAACGAAUAAUACAAGUUUUCAUCCGAAUUUGGCUAAGAAAUUAAUGAAAAUGAAUGUGCCAUCACAAGAAAAUGCUGGUUUAUUAUCCUCAGACGAGGUGGGUGGCAGUUCGGACACUCGUUCCGACAGCAGCGAAGACGAGGUCACCGAGCACGUGACGAGAUCCACACCACCACCGAACAUGGCUGCCGCCAGAGCACAGGUGCCAACCAUAAGCGUGACCCCGCACAGCCCGGGAGUACUGGAAGACAGCUUACAACAGCUAAGACGCCUCCAUGCUGCCGUGCAACGGAUGCGAGCUGCUCCACUGCCUUUAUUGGCAACCGGCACGAGUAGACUAAGCACAUCAUGCCCCUCGCUCUGCAAGGACGGGGUUAUCGAACCUGAAUGCUCGUCGCCGACGAAUCUGGAAUUCUACUCGCAGAGCCGUAAGGGCAGCGGUGAAUCGCGUCAGUGGGGUCUGUGGGAGAGGCGCGAUGAGGGACGCCGCAGCUCGUGGGCCGCGCUUGAGCCGGGCGCACGACACGACACGCGACACGACGCACGACACGACGCGCACAGACAACGCAGUAACCUGAACGGGCACAGCGCGUCCCUCUCCUCGAUGGAGUCCGAGGGCGAGGUGCCGCGGCCGGUCCGACACUCCACCCACUCGCUGAACGACAAUGACCUUGCGAAGGACUUCGAGAAGGUGACGGCCGCGUUGCGAGCGGGGGCGGGGGCGGGCGCGGGCGCGGGAGCGGAUCCGAGUAGGCUGGUCGCUAGGUUACCGCUGCAGAAGUCCGUCUCGACCCCCAGCAUCGUGGCCGCCGUGCAGCCGCCGCAACCCACACCCCCCCUCAACAUCUUGUCUGGCGCCGGUGAGAGCGAGACGGAAAGCGACGAAGACGCUUCCGCCGCGACUGUCGGGGCCACGGCACAACUGCCCGGCCGCAGGAACAAUACGCAUCAGGAACAUUUGGGAUUACAUCGACUGGCUUUCUUGGAACAAGCUGCUUUUGACCAUCACGCUGAGAAAAGGCGAAAACGUGGAAGCUUGUUCUUCAGGAAGAAGAAGGACAAGUCCCGGAAGGCGGCGCACGCGUGGCAGGCGGGCGGCGGCGCGCACUGCGACUGGUGCUCGCGACCCCUCAACGACACGCCCGCCCUCUACUGCGACAAUUGUGGAACAACUGUACAUCAAAAUAUUUGCAAAGAUUACAUCGUCGAUUGCAAUAAGCCUAAGUCGUCUAAGACAUCUGUUGGUAAAUCACUGAGUGCAGCCAGCGGGAAAAGCAGCAAACGGAGCUCCGUAUCCGGACAGUCGCAGACUAAUAGCACCAGUCAUAUUUAUAACGACGACAAGGAUUCAGAUCAUAAACACGACCAGAGCAACGCUUCGGACGACGCGUGCGCCGCGGAGUGGCCCGAGGUGUAUCUGGGCCCCGAGCAGCUGGGCGACGAGGCGCUGGUGCUGGGGCUGGGCGCCAGCGAGCCCGACACCUGGGCGGCCGGCGCUCCCAAGGGACUCGCCAAGUCGCUCGGCGAAAGAGAGACGAAGCGACAAGAACACAUUUACGAGCUGAUACUCACGGAGAAGCAUCACUGUCUCACCAUACGACUUAUGCAAAAGAUGUUUGCUGACGGCAUGGUGCGGUUCGGCAGCGUGAGCUCGGCGCAGGUGGCGCGCAUGUUCCCGCGCGUGGACGAGCUGUGGGCGCUGCACGCGGCGCUGCUGGCCCGCCUGCGCGCCCGCCAGCGCGCCGCGCCCGCCGUGCCCUCCAUCGCCGACAUCCUGGCCGACGCCUUCGCGCCGCACUCCCGCCCGCGCCUCAAGUCCGCCUACGGCGAGUUUUGCUCCCGUCACCGCGACGCCGUGGAGGUGUUUAAGGAGUGCUGCGCGAGAGACGCCCGCCUGUCCCGGUUCAUCAGGAAGUGCCAACAGAACCCUUUGCUCAGGAAGAAGGGUGUUCCCGAGUGCGUGCUGUUCGUAGCGCAGCGACUCACCAAGUACCCGCUGCUGCUGGAGCCUCUACUCAAGACGGCCGGCGAUGACGUCAACGAACGUGAGCUGCUGCAGAAGGCGCUCUGCGGAGUCAAGGAGAUCCUAGUGGAUGUAGACAACCAGGUGGCGGCGAAGGAGCGCGAGGACCGCAAGCUCGAGAUCUACCACCGCAUCGACGCCAAGUCCUUCGCUCACUUCCGCGGCAGGAAGUUCAAGAAGAGCGACAUACUGCAGGGCACCAGGAGCUUAAAGUUUGAAGGUGUGGCCACACUGAUGCAAGGCCGCAGCAAGAUGCAAACCCUACUGGUGAUCGUGCUCUCCGACGUGCUGUUCUUCCUGCACGACAACAACAAUAAAUACACGUUCUUCACGCCCGACAAUAAAACCGGUGUCGUGUCUCUCGUGAAGCUACUGGUCCGCGAGAAGGCGGGUGCUGAAGGCAGGGGCUUGUAUCUGAUCUGCAGCGGCCCCAACGAACCAGAAAUGUUCGAGCUGCGAGUUCACAGGCCUAAGGAUAUACAGACUUGGAUACAGGCCAUAAGAGCCGCAGUCCAGAACUGCCCUGAGGAGGUGGAAGAGACCGAGGCAGGGCUGUUGGCUACCUCCGCGGAGGAGAGACAACGCCAGCUGGAAGCCAGACACGAGAAUAUAAGACUGAUCACAGAAGCGUUAAGGACAAAAGACAAGGAGCUAGCGACACUCCUUGAAGAAAAAUUGGCGCUGCACAUGAAGAUGGUGGGCCACACCGGAACCUCUACGCUGGACGUGCCUCACACGGGACUAAACACGUCAUCGCCCGGGGGCUUGGUGUUUCCAGACUACGUGAGGCUGGUGGCGCCAUCUAUAGAUUCGCAUACAAUAUGGCAGGAAGUUUGUCGCGUUGUCAAGGAGGCGCUGGAGAGUGCUGGGUGCGCGUGGGGCGGCGCCCUGGGCCGCAGCACCAGCUCGGCGGGCGAGCGGCACUCCGCCGCCUACACCAGCCCCGCGCUGCCGCGCCGCGCCGACACCUUCGCGGGGUUCGACGCCACCAAGCACAGGGGCGUAUCCCUGCGCAUGUCGACGGACACGCCCACGGAGGGGGGCGAGGGGGGCGGCGAGGCGACGCAGGUCACUGACCCCGACGCCGUGCUGCGCCUGCACCACGCCAUCUACACGCUCACCUGCAUCGUGUGGCACCACCUCACCACCAUACACAGUUUGGAGGCGCAAGUGGCGGCGUGGCGCACGUCCGCGUGGGGCGGCGCCGGCGCGCGGCACGACGCGCAGCUGGAGGAGCUCCGCCACGCGCAGGCGCGCCUCACCGCCGACCGCGCCGCCUGGGAGGCCACGCGCGCCGCCGACCACGCCGCCAUCGCGCUCGAGAGACAACAGCUGCAAGCAGCGAGACAAGAACUGGCGGAACAACAGAAGGACGUCGAGCAACAGCGGGAGCGGCUGUACCGGCGCCUGGAAAGGCUGCAGCAGCACGGUGGAUCUCAAGAAGAGAUAGCUAGUGUGGGCACUCUGUCGCCGGACUCCAGCGUCAGCGACACUACCAGGAGGAAAGAACCUAAGUGGAGAAACAGCCGCGGCUCUACCGGCGCGGAGCCCCCGGCGCCCGCGCUGCCGCCCCCGCUGCUGCUGUCGGCGCAGAACGAGACCCGCGCCACGGUGCACGCCUCCGCCAUCUCCCAAAUGGUAAAACAACAGUUACCACUGAAACUGGCCAACGAGAAAAGCAAACAGCCGCCUCCGGGAUACCACAGACUCCACGAAUCCCCCAGUGACCAUCUACAACAGCAAGGCCUAGUGAUACAUCACACCCGGGCGGGUAGCUCCCCCGCCCCGCUGCCCUCCCAGCAGCAGACCAAUAACAGAGCCACAAGGACUAACACAUAUCCGAAGCUUCCGGACAAAUUCCGCGUCCGUUCGCCGGAGCCGACGCCCGGCAGCACCGCGCCCCCCGCAGAGGAAGAGGUGAUCUUCUUCUGACCUCCGCCCCCCCCGCCGCCGGCGCCGCACUCGCGCUCCUGAGACUGUCGACUCUCAUAGACCCUCCGCCUCCUGCGCUCCUGGUACGGAAACGUCCACCAUCUGUUUACGGCCUGCAUUCGUUCAAUAUAUCGACGCUAAUAUCGGUCGAUCGAUCGAUUUUGGUAGGCAGCGGCUCGGCCCCUAGCAUUGCUGAAGUCCAUGGGCGACGAUAACCACUCGCCGUGGGCCGUAUGCUCGUCUGCCUACAAGGUCAAUAAUUUUAAAAAAAAAAAAACGUUCGUUUGCGCUAUUCGUAACAUCCUCGAUAAUCGAUUUUUACGUUGCCAAUCGAAUGAUUCGCGAAUCGUCAAUGCCGUCAGUAGAACAUCCGAAUGAUUACGUCACACUUAAAUUUCAAUGUAUCUUUGUUUAUUUGUACUUUAUACAUCGAGUACAUAAUCAAUAUUCUAGGUAAUAUAUUAUAAUCAAGUCUAGACUGAUCUAUAAUCAAUUCAGUUGGUUUUUUGCUUGUAUUAAGAAACGCUUACAAUAUCUGGAUUAAUGAUUAAAUAAUCAUGCAAUCGUACAAAUUAAAAACAGAUCAAGUGUUAAAUAUUAAAAUCACCAGUCGGACUUACUAUAAGUUUUUUUUUUAAUUAUCUUAAUUAUUCCUAAAAUACGUUAACAAUACGUUUUGAUAAAGUAUUUCCAUUGCAAUUUCAUGCAGUGCCCUUUUGAAACCUCUGAAAAACAUUAGCGUUCUCACCCUUUCAGGAUCGAUUUAUAUUACUAGCCUGUUGGUCUGUGUGUUUGAUAUAAUUAAAAUACAAAUAAACAUAUUAUUAUCAUAAGCAGUAUAUCUAGUAUUGUGACUGCGUACAUGAGAAACAUUCCUCCAUACAUAAUGAAGAUUCACAUCGAGGGAUGAAAGACUAUUUGUUUUAAGCGACAUAUCACUUAAUACGCGACAUUUAUUUUUGUAUUUAAAGUUGGGUAUUAUUUUAUAUUAGCAACAACAGUUCGAAGUUUUAAAUUAUGAUAUCAUAGUAAAUAAUCGUUAAAACAUCACAAUCAAAUUUUAAAACCUAUUAAAAAAAAAAGUAUUAAAAGUAUUGAAAAAAUGUUUAGUGAAAAUUUUGAUCUCUAUGAAAAUAAUAAUUAUGAUUUAAAAUAUCGCCCGUCGUAAAGUGUAAAAAAACAAUAUAUCGUAUGAAUAAAAAACGUGUUGUUUGUAAUAAUAACAAUGAGCACAAACUACUCAUACGUCGGAUACAUAAAUUACUUACAGAGCAUCAAUAAAAAUAAACAUAUCGAGCCUUUAAAAUACGUUUGGAUACUCGAUAUCCUGAAAAGCAACCAUUUUAUCGGUUCCAACAAAAUAAUUAAUAUAAAAAAAAGAGAAAACAUUGUGUGUACUAAACUUAAUUAGGGCGGUUUCCACUAAAUUUUUCUGAUAUUUUUACAAAAUUUUAAACUUUAAUUGGAUCUCCUCUAAAGUUGCAAAAAUGUCACUUAAACAAAGUCUUUCAUCGCUCGAUAUGUUUUCAAAAUACAUAGUUACUAUACUGUAUACUAUAUAAAUAUACUGAUAUAGCUUACGCUUGACGUCAAAACUCAGGCUUGAGAGACAACAAUAUAAUCAUAAAUAUGGAAUAAAUAAAAACGGACUAAAUCCUUUAAUUGUAAACAAAAUCAAGGCGUUGUUCGAUUGUGAAGGCUACAAACAGUCACCGGGAGCUUAAAAGCAUUUCUUUUAAGGAUCUCUUAUUAUAUUAUUUGGUUAAGCUCGUAGUUAUAAUAUUACAGUAUUUUAUAUGGCAGCUACAGUCUAAGCAGCUAAACACAUUCCAUAUGAGUUCCUUUUUUUUACGUGCUUAGGAGGGUCUAGUGAGAAAUGAUAUAUAAAGUAAUCUUAAUCGAUAAUGAGAAUCGAUACAUCGAUUCGUAUUAAAAAUUAAAGUUAAUAGUUGAUAGAUAUUGAUUGAUAGAUCAAAGAAUUUCUUGAAAUAGGACGUAGGCGAUUUAAUAAUGUUAGAUUAAAUAAUCAAACGCUACUACUGUUUUUGUUAGAUAACUUUGUGGUUUCUAAUCGAUACUUCCAUUCCGAAUGAGUCUUUUUAUAUUAGCAAUAUUGUUGUUAAAAAAAAUAUUCACCGAAGUAUUCUUAUAAAUUCUAGUUACUUACGUCGCGUUGGUAUGAUGGUUAAUGACAGACAAAAAAAAUGUCCUGGGUAAAAGAUAAAACGUAAAGAAUGAAAAUUCAAAAACUUUGAACGAAAGGUGAUUCGAUGUGAUAGGAACAGAGUUUAAUGAGUAGAAUAUAUAUAUAUAGUAAAUGUUUUAAACUAGAUAAUAUUGAAAUAGAGGCGAUAAAAGAUAUUGUUGAAUUAGAUGUUUCAAUAGAAAUAAAUUAUUAGUAGAUCGAACUGUAUACUAAUUGAUAAUCUUGAUAAAAUGUUUGAAGAUUUAAAUGGUAGUAAAAAUUUAGUUAUAAAUGAAUGUUAACUUCCUACCUGUCGCUCUGGACGUCUAUGAGAUAGGUACCAUCCGAUUGAAACUAAUCGGUGCGUUGGAUUGGUAAAAAUAAUAACAUCGAAUAAUAUUUCGGAAUCAAGUAAUUAAUAGGUAAUUGAACUCAAUAAAAUUUGGAACGCAAAACUAUCAAUUGUUGAAGUGCCCCUAAAAUGUGAACCUCUUACUAGAAAUACUAAAAAAUCAACCCUACACUUACAUUUGAUCCCUUGAAUCUUGAGUAAUAAACGUACAGUAUUACUAAUUGCACGGAGACCUUGGAUUUACAUAAAAUAAAUUACCUAAAAAAGUCAAGAAUUUUAUAAAUACGAUUUUAAAUUUUAAUGUUUCUCUUAAUGUAAGACGUUGCUGUACAUAUGUUGAUGUUUAAAUUGUAUUAGAAUGUUAUAUUCAUUAUUUGUAAAGUUUGUAUUUGAGAGUGGCGACUGCGUGUUGGAUUGUUGAAUAAAUUUUAUGAAACUGAUGAAUUUAGUAGAAUUGUUGAUAUGAUUAGGGUUACAUUUUUUUGGAUUUAAAAUCUGCAUCAAGUUUAUUUUGAUUAGCUUUAGUGAUUUCAUUGCAUGAAUAUGAACAUUAAUGAAUACUAUAUGUAAUAUUAUUAUUAAAAUAUAUAAAAUAUAUGCAAUGGUUUAAAGAUAUGAUCGCCUGGUGACGCAACUGACAACAACAUAGCUAUGGUUGACAGUACAUUCAUUGUAAUUUUUUCGUUGUGCAUAAAUUAUUUGAAAAGUUAAAUUUGGAAAAGUCCCAUUAUUAAAUAUAUUUUUCGAAAUAAAAACAGUACAUUUUUAAUAUUUUAUUAUAUAUUUUGAACUAAUUAUUGUUGCAAAUUUUUUUUUUUCCAAGAUGCAAAUGUCUGUCAUUUUUCUAUGUUAUUGUAUCUUAUAAAUUAAAUCCAAAAAGUGUAAUUCUAUCAUUUUUAACACACAAUUGCUAGUACAUCGGCCGAAUAUGCGGGUGUUUAUUCUAAAUACUUGAUUAAAUGAAAGGGUUUCAUCAAAUACAUACGAAACUUGUAACUGUAAAAUAUACUAAUAAAAUAUAUUUCCUUAUUAAAUUAAAACAUGUUUGUAUGUUCGGCUGUUUGCAUUUACUGUAGAUUUGUGUGCAGAUAUAUUUUUCGAAGCUAUAAAAAAACGGUGACAACUUUCGGUUUGUUUAUCUUGACGACAUUUUGUAAGUGAUGCAAAUCUCAUAUCUGCGCACAAUUGUUAUUUAGCUCAUUUAGUAUAUUGUUGUUAAAAGAAUUCAUAAGACUAUGUAACUAUUUUUCGUGCAUUUACUGUAAUCCUUUUUACUAAUUAGUCUUUAGAGAAAGUGAUAUUAAAAAAAAAAAAACUAUUUUCUCUAUUAGGAUACCUUUUCGUACUCUAUAUACAUUACCAUACUGAAGUUGAUGUUUGAAUAUUAUAAUUAUAAGAUUCAUUAUAUAUAACUAAUGAACUGUUUGGUUUCCUGUCAAAUAUCUUAUCUAUGAAGAAUAGUGCGGAGAGUGCAUUCUAAAUCUACGCAUGCUAUUGGCUAAUUUUAUUGCUGGAUUUGUGUACUCGACGAACAAUGAACGAUCGUUAUGUACAGCUAUAAAAUAUGUCAUGACAAUAAAUAUGUAAUCAAUGUACUCGUAAUAUGUUGGUAUUUCUUUUUAUAUACGCGGGUAUUCUUAAUAUUUAAAACCAUAUCAGAAUCAGCCUUCGAAUUUUAUUUCGAUUUACGUUCCGUGGGUUCCAUCUUUCGACUUAUCAUGUUGUCCUUUUACUUAAGUCUGGAAGGUACCACGGCUACGAAAGCUUUUAUAUUAAUCCCGCAAGUCAGGCCUUAGGAGACAGGAGAACAUGAUCGCUCAAAUUCCAACAGUCUAGAACAUUCCAUUUUAAUUGGCUUGUGAUUUUCGUAACGGGCUUCUUACUUAUGUAGCUAUUUUCGUCGGUUAUGCCUAAAUGAGCCUUGUUAUUUAUGGUACCGAUAUAAAUAAUAAACAAAUUCAAUCAGAUGUCGAAUGCAAGUUUUUUGCUAAAGCAAGCCCUAAACAAAGUGACGUGGUUUUCUUUAUUGCACUACUUUUAAAAUGAAGUGGUAAAUAAGUUUCAUGUAAUUUAGCCACUUUUUCUUUAUGGAUGAGUCAAGAACUGUAACCAGUACAUUACACUCACCAAUCAGCCACUGAUGAGGUAUGACUAGUGUUAGUAGGUUUCAUUUUCAAAGAUUAUGUGAUUACAAGUAAGAAGAUAAUGUCAUUUUGGUGUUUCGUGAUUGUGACGAAACUUUAUUAAAAAUCUUCGCAGUAAUAAAUCACCUCAUACACUUCACUCGUAUUGUUUCCCAAAUUUAUCUGGUUUCGCACCUAAUUAAAACAAUCUUACAAGUUUAUGGCAAUACAAAAAAAAUAAUACAUUUUAGCUUUAAUUUUUAUUUAAGUAUGUUUUAUAAUAAUUUUCACGACUGACUUCAUUCAAUUUAGACAACACUUAUAUGUCAUUUGUGAAUUGCUGAUUGAAUACUGUGAGUUGGAAUGGAAAUCUUCUAGUGUUCUAAAUUUAGUGAGAUCAAUCUUUAGUAUCGAUUCCCUCCAUGAUAAUAAUAUUGUUUCUAUUAGUUUUGUGGCAACGACAAUACGAAAUGUAUUGCUCAAUGUUGUGCUCAUUCCAUCGCAUUCUUAAGUAUUCAAUUGAUAUUAUUUUGAUUGUAAUGUUGAUGUCUUUUUUUUUUUUAAAUAGUUCAUAUAAUGUAUUUAAUCGUAUGAUUUUUUAAAUUCUGUAUUGAUCUGUGACUACGCGCAGGAGUUCCCUGCCUUGUACUUAGGAUAUAUGAAAUAAAUAUUUACUUAGUACGUAA